UCGGGUGUAAACAAAAGUCAGCUGUUCCUUGAACGUGGUGGUCGGCGAACUUUCUAGGCUAUUUAAAUAGAGUCCUCCCAAAUGGUUACCUGAUCGCCGGAACUCGUCCUUCCUGUACCCCAAUGACCCCCCGUCCUGUAAAUGUAUCCUGUAAUAUUCAAUAAUCCUAUAGGAACCCACCACCAUCUUCUAACAGUCGUAGUCAUCUCAGGGUUGUGUUAAUUGGCAGAGAAUUGUGAUAGUGCAUUUCCAAAGUAGCUUGUGCGUUUUCUGAAGCCAUUCUUUCAAAGUUGCUCCAUACUUUCCCAAAGAAAGCUUUCUUGCUAUCCUUGAAGAUAGUCCUCGACUUCCUAGUACACUAUCUUUCUGUUCUAUCUUAGCUCUCAAUUAUUUAGGCUGGUCUUUACUUUUACCCAAAGAUAGUCUUCUACCCAAGGUUGUGAAUUGUAUAAUCACAUAACUUAUGUUGUAGUUAACAGUUAGUUGAUUUUAUUUGUGUUGUAUAGUCUUAUGAAAUAUAUGACUUUGAUUGAAUAUAUUUGAAUUUUAUCAGAUUUUAUAGUCAUACAUAUAUCGUGAAAACUAUAGAUAACUAUAUACAGACAUAACGAUUCCAUCAGAGCUUGUAACCCUAAGUCAUAAUUGUAAUUACGUAAAUAUAAAUAUAUUUAAAUUUAUCCGAGUAGAUCUAUUUAUUGAAACUGGUUGUGAUACGAAGAUGCAUAUAUAAUUUAUCAGCAUUUAUGAAGACAUUUAUUGUGAUGUUAUUGUGUAGGUGAUAGGUGUUAGGUUGUUGAAUUUCCAAAAUUACCAAGUAUAUCGCCAGGCUAAUAUAUUUUUUAAUAAUAUCGAAGGAUUGCUUCAUGCAAAUACACACGCAAUCAAUAGUUCUGUCUAUAUUGUAUCCAAUACCUUAUUCCCGUAGUUAUUCAGAGGAGACAGCUCAAGGUGACAGUUUAUAUAUAUAAAUAGAUCUCGCAUUUGUCUGCGUGUUCCAAAUCUUUACCAUUUCGUGAAGGAUGAUUACAAAAGCGUUCGCCUUAGGCAACUGAACGUUGCCUUCGAGGUUUAGUUAACGGAAAAUUGCCUUGGAUUUAUACUUCCUUUAUCAUUAAUCAGUUUCUUUUGCUAGGUAUUUGUGUAUCUCUAAAUCCUCUUGCUAUUUCGCUUGGAUUAACUUCUCUAUAUUUCCAACUGACAUUUAGGACGUCCCUUACGUCACCGAAUCUGUAAAAGAAGUUUCAGAUUAAUAUUAUUCAAAGGGACAUUCAUAAACUUAGAUUCCUUUUUAGACUGAUUAUCAAAAGGUACAUUUUGCUGCUAUUUUCAAAUCUCACAGCUGUCCUUGGCCUUUUGUUUGUAAACAAUACCUGUAGAUUGUGUAUUCUGGGUGGCAUCAUCUGUUUUGGUUAUCGCAGAAGCACUGGUGUUGAAAAUUGUUUGUAAUCUGUCUAAUUUUUUCUAUUUAAAGACGCUCUUAUUUCUGAGACCACUUUUGAUUCGGAGACCUUCAUUUCAAAAGGUCUCUUUCAGUUUUUCUUUUUGAAAGGCCCACUUCACCCCCCUUUAGUCUUUUUCAACCUUAGUAUGUAUAGAAGACCAUUUCAACGUUUAUUUGAAGCGUUUAUGUAAACGUCCUUUUAUCUCAAGCCAUCUUAAAACGUUUCUGUACGUGAAGACCUCAUUGUCCCACUUCUAAAAAGGCCCAAAGUCUUUUUCCUGAAGCCCCAUUCCAACCUUCCAAACCUCCUAAAGAAUCCUAAAACCCUUCAAACCUCACCUUAAGACUCCUAGAACCCCCAACCAACCCAAAACAGCCCCCUACCCCACUCAAUCCGAAAACCUCUCUUCCCACCCUAUGGGUUUGUUGACAUGGCUGUAACCCCAAAGCCGAGAGUACCCCAGGUCAUGUAUUCGUUGCUGAGUGACGACGAUGAUGACGAUGGAUUUCUACACGUCGGAGUCUGUGGCGAAGAUGACGACGAAGAGGAAGAAGAAGAAGAGCUCUUUUGUCGGGAGAGCUCCAAACUUCUCGAUGGCGGAGAGAAGACGUAUAGGGACCCGGAAUCCACGGAGGAGAAAAUUCCCUACCCGAAGUCGGUGUUCUUCAUCAUUGGAAAUGAGUUGUGCGAGAGGUUUUCCUACUAUGGCAUGAAAACCAUAUUGACGCUGUACCUGAAGUAUCAGUUGUUGUUUAGUGAAGACAGUUCUACAGUCAUCUACCAUGUCUGGGCUAUGAUGUGCUAUUUCACCCCACUUUUGGGUGCAAUCAUUGCAGAUACCGUGCUUGGACGUUUCAGAACAAUCUUCUACAUCUCGAUCAUAUACGUCCUUGGCAAUGCUGUGCUGUCGCUCUCUGCAAUUACGCCUUUCUUUCCAAGUUUGGAUCCAAAAAUAGGAGUGGCCAUGACAGGUCUCUUCCUCAUCGCUCUCGGAACGGGAGGGAUCAAGCCCUGUGUCUCUGCUUUUGGAGGUGACCAGUUUGUCCUUCCUCAGCAGGAGAAGGAACUUACAAGGUUCUUCUCGAUCUUCUACUUCAGUAUCAACACUGGUUCUUUUCUCUCCACCUACACCACGCCACUGUUGAGAGACGACGUCAAGUGCUUCGGGCAAGAUUGCUACGCCCUUGCCUUCGGUGUGCCUGCUGUGUUGAUGGUUAUUGCUCUUGUGAUCUUCAUGCUUGGGUACCUCUUUAAGUACUACAAGAUCGUUCCUCCAUGUGGGAGCGUCAUUACCAAUGUCUGCAGAGUUGUUUCGCACGCCCUGAAAAUGAAGAGAAAGUCCCCGAAGAUGAGAGACCACUGGUUAGACCACGCUGACGACAAGUUCAGCAAAGAAUUGAUCGCAGAUGUCAAAGUUCUUCUCAAGGUCCUCCUCAUGUACAUCCCACUGCCAAUUUUCUGGGCUUUAUUCGAUCAACAGGGAUCCCGUUGGACAUUCCAGGCCACACGCAUGAACGGUGAAAUUGGCGGCUUUACAAUUAAACCAGAUCAGAUGCAGGUCGUAAACCCUGUCCUGAUUUUGAUCCUGAUCCCCAUAUUCGAUUCGUUCAUAUAUCCUAUGCUCGGCAAGUGUAACCUACUGAAGAGACAACUGCCUAGGAUGUUUGUCGGAGGUCUUUUAGCUGGCAUUGCCUUUGUGGUGUCGGGCAUGUUGGAACUUAAGCUUGAGAGCACGUAUCCAGUUCCUGUUGGGCAAGGUGAAGCUAGACUGUCAUUCAUUAACACCUUGCCUUGUGAUGUUACCUUCUCACCUGAAUGGGAUGAAAGUGUGACCCUUACUAGCAUGGAGCAGAAGAAAUAUGAAAGCGUGCCUCUGGAUAGACCAGGCAGUAUUCUAAAUGAUCUUCAUGUCAGUAUUUCAUUUGACAAAACAGCCUGUGGAGAAGUGACCGAAUACAACGAAGGUCCUAUUACCGUUCAAGUUGUGGACAAAACGGCGUUUACUGCAAUGAUAACAGCAAGUGACCACAAAGCAAUGAUCGUCAAUGUGAACCCACCGGAUGAAUAUGAGAAACCGACAGCAGGAAACCCUAGCGUUAGAAUGCUGUUCAACCUAGACCCCAGCAUACCCUUCAAUUCUUCCGUACUCUUGAAGUUGCCGGAGGAUUCACUGUCUUACAACUUCUACAUCUCUAAUUCUGAUCAAGGUCAUAUAUCAGGCACCAAGUUCCAAACUAUUGAGCCUGGAACGUAUGAUGUGUUCUUGCCAACUACCAAACUUGGUGAGCAUGAAAAAGAGCCUAUUGGUGAAAUUACUGUUAAAUUUGGUGGCGUCUACAAUUUCUUGGUUGAGAAACCCUUAGUAAAAGGGGAAAAUGCUACCGUGACUGUAUAUCAAAUAACUGAAGAGAAUUCAGUCCAUAUGCUUUGGCUGAUCCCACAGUAUUUGAUCAUUACGAUAUCGGAGGUCAUGUUCUCCAUUACUGGUUUGGAGUUUUCCUUUACGCAGGCACCUGCUACAAUGAAGUCUGUCCUCCAAGCUGCUUGGCUUUUAACUACAGCCUUUGGGAACUUGAUUGUUGUAGUUGUAGCAGAGGCCAAGUUUGUUAAGAGACAGUCUAUGGAGUUCUUCCUGUUUGCUGGACUGAUGUUUGUCGACAUGGUCAUUUUUGCUGCCUUGGCCUUCAAUUAUAAGUAUGUGGACGAAGUGAAAGAAGAGCGCACCAACACCAACACGAGAGCAGACGACGACAGACCUCCCGUUGCUGCCGCUGGCAAAGAAAAUGAAGGAUUCUGUGAUGAUGAAACCAAGUUGUAACAUCCACAUUAGUUUAUGUGAAAUUCAGGGUUGCAAGUCAAAUUAUUACACUUAUUCUCACUUGAUUUCUACAAUUAUGAUUGUGAUAAUCGUUUCCCAGAUUAGUUGUGUUAACAAAAAUCUACUGUUGUUUUGCUAUUAAGAAUUUUUUGUUUUUUGAAAAUCUUUUACUACAUCACGUAUUCAGAAUCCUAUUACAGAACUAUCCACGUUUACAGAGAAUACAUAAAGAUUUAAUCUAUGAAAAUUUUUAUUUUUAUAAAAAAAUGCAUGUUCUAUGUGUCCCUUUGGUUUAACCUGAAUAUGAAAAGUUCUUAAU